AUGGGGUUGAAGAGUUGGGUUGAGAUGGUUGCAACCGCGUUUGUUACCGGCGAAAUAAGCACUUAUUGUUGUUUAAGUGAUGUUAUUAUACCGUGUCUUCAAAGGUUUAAUGAGGUUAAAAUGGUUUUUCAAGACAUUUGUACUAAAGAGGAUAAGUGGGUCGUAGGUAGAGUGGCGGAUAUGUUAUGGGGGAUUGGGAAUAAUAGGAAUUAUUGGAUAUGGAAUAAUGAGAAGAAAGAUCCACCUGGUGUUGGGUGGGUGAAGUGUAAUGUGGAUGUUGGUUUCAAUAAACACUUAGGAACAACUAACAUAGGAUGGUGUUUUAGAGACUACGAUGGUAGAUUCAUCAGGGCAGAUACUUUGUGGGAUUUUGGGCUUUACAUAGUUAUUGAAGCGGGGGCUUUGGCUUUGAAGAAAGCGGUCCAAGGAGGCAUUCAGGUGCAAAUGGAACGCAUUACCUUUGAAAGUGAUUCUCAAAUUAUGGUGCAAGUUGUUCACGCUAAUUAUGUUGGUAAUUCAAAAUUUAGUGUGAUUAUAUCUAGUAUUAAGAAUAUGUUAGAAUUACAUUCCAACUUUGAGGUUAAGUUUGUUAAGCGUCAAGCGAAUUUGAUUGCUCACUUGUUAGUUAGGACGACUAAUUCUAGACUAGGCGUAAGGUUCUUCAUUUGA